AUGGCGGAACUGUCAGUUCCGUUCAGUGGUCAUAUCACAGGUGGGAUGAGGCCUGGAAAGAAGAUCAUUGUGAUGGGGAUAGUGAAUCCUGAGCCUGACAGCUUUGACAUCAGUCUGGCCUGUGGGUGUGGCACAGUGGAUGAGGCUCCUCCCACUAACGUGGUAUUGGAGCUCUGUGCCAAGUUCGAGGACCUCAAGUUCCUACGUAAGGCCUGUGUUUCGGGCACCUGGGGUGACGCUGAGAAGCUCAUCCCCUACUACCCCUUCAUCGAGGACCAACCUUUCCGGAUCGAGAUCCAUUGUGAACUACUGCGUUUCCGUGUAUUUGUGGAUGGACACCAGAUCUUUGAUUUUUACCACCGGGUGCAAUCCUUACUGGACAUUGACACAUUAAGGAUUAAUGGUAGUUUAACCAUUACCAAACUCGGAUAGAGGGAUGAAGGACUGUGUCGGAUGCACCUUACAGAAGUGGUGAUGGAACCUUGCCUCCCACAAUCCUCACCCUUAGCAACAAUGUGGACAUCGACUUGAAAGCAAUGUCUUAGCCUCUUUGAGCCUCAGCUGACAAAAUCGAUUGCAAAGCAAUGUUCUA